GCCCCGCCUCCUCCUUAAAUGCUGUCCAAUCCCGUGCAGCGCGGCGUCUCCGUUAAAAGCAGGGAGCGCGCGAUCAUGUGACUGUAAUGUAGUAAGGAGCACGAGCGCGAGAGCAGCGGUUAAAUCCCACACAUUAUCACUUAUCACAACGGGAAUAUACCGAAACACACGCGCUUGUUCACACACCGUGCAGCAGUCACACACACACACACACACACACACACACACACACACACACACACACACACACACACACACACACACAGAACCGAAGCACUGGAGUCCACAGGGUCUGACCAGGAAUGGUGGAUUGCAUGCUAGUGGAUGAAGUAACGUUCCUGUCGUACAGUUUCCCUUUGCCAGUACACCUCCUACCGGACAUGGUGAGGGACGAGCGGGUCUACCAGGUGCUUUCCUCUCCGUUCUCCGAGGAUGAGCUGAGUGACUCUUCUAGCUCACGUUCUUGCUCCAGCCCCGAGUCUCAGGUCCUGAGCUCCAGGUGCAGCAGCAGCUCAAGCAGUGAGAGCCAAGAUGGCCUCCUGGACUUCCUCCUUUCGCAAAACCAAACAUCUUUCACCCCAGUGUUAACUUCUGCCAUGGUUCCUCCUGUCCUCCCUAAGGGUCUGGCCUGGGAGUCCCGAAGGGAUCGGACCACCAAAGAGGAAUGCUUUGAGUUUCCUGUUUUUCCUGGAGAUCUGGAGGAACAUGCAGGCCUUCUCUUUCAGCCCACACUGGAGGAGAUUGAGGAGUUUCUGGAGGAGAACAUGGAGGUUGUAGCCUUAAAGGAGAAAGCUGAAACGACACAAGGCACAUCAGAAAUGAAGACACAAGACCAAACAGUGCCUGUAUCCAGCAUGACUGAGAUGACGGAAUUCAAGCCUAAGAGUUCUCCGUUUUCAGCCAGACUCACUACAGGUCCUCAGACCACAGUGAAAAAAGAGCCACUCUCUGGGAAGGCAAGGGCAUUGGAGAGCUCAGGGACUCCAGUGUUCCUGCAGAUCCAGCCCAUUCCCAUCAAACAGGAGCAGAAUCCGUAUCCUACACCCACGUCUCAGUUGCAGACGCCCACCUCGGACAUCAAAAUCACACAGCUGCUGGUCAACAUCCAGGGGCAGACAUUUGCUCUGGUUCCUCAAGUUGUUCCACCAGCUAGUUUCAGCAGCACUUCCUCCAAAUUUGUCCGUAUUGCUCCUGUCCCCAUCGCAGCCAAACCAUCAGGACACUUGGAGAACACACUUGAUGGGACACAGGAAGCCGGACUCCUCAUUGGGGGUCAAAAAUUCCAGAAGAGCUCCGUAGCUGAUUUGAUUAAAAUGCACAAGUGCACUUUUCCAGGCUGUGCAAAGAUGUAUACCAAGAGCAGUCACCUGAAGGCUCACCUGAGGAGACACACGGGAGAGAAACCCUUUGCCUGCACAUGGCCAGGAUGUGCCUGGAGGUUCUCGAGGUCAGAUGAGUUGUCCCGUCACAGACGCUCACAUUCCGGCGUGAAACCGUAUCAGUGUCACGUCUGUGAGAAGAAAUUUGCCCGCAGUGAUCACCUGUCCAAACACGUCAAAGUCCACCGCUUUCCACGAAACAGCAGGACGACACGCUCUACACACUGACCUCACAUAACCCUGACACACACAUGAGGAGCAGUUCCCAGUGGUGGUGCUGUUUUAUUUAUUAGGGAUGUACUGAAGUGUGUAACAGAACUUUAUCGCUCUCCUGUAGAGUUUUUCAGCGAAUGUCACACCACAGGACAGAAGAUGGGAAGAUUAUGUUGUGACUCAGUGUUGGAGUUUCUGCCUAAACGCUAAAGCAUUGACAUUCCUGAUUAUUAUAAUGCAUUAUAACAUUUUACAUGGUGUAAUUUUGCAAAACCAAAAACAUUCAUUCAUCAAAACGUUCUGAGCUAGUGAUCGUAAUCAGGACUGUCGUUAUGACAGAUGUGUGAAUAAUAACUCAAAAUGAGAACUUUUACUUCCUGUUUAUACCAUUUUUUAUUUUAAAUGUUCACAAAGUGUUAAACAUGUGGAGCUCAGACAGGGAGCUAAAACUUAUAAAACCCCUGAUUGUUAGGGAACCUUUCUCAUAAUGUCUCUCUCUCUCACACACACACACACACACACACAUGUACACACACACAUGUACACAAACAUACACACAUGUACACACACACACACAUACUCACACACACACACACACACA